AUGCCCGUCCACAAAAAGUUUCCGUCUGCACGUUUUGUCAUUCGAACGCCCAGUGCAUUUGCCAUUCACGGUCUCAUCAUCACAUGCGCUCUUUUGUUGCUUGGUAGGAACUGUGUGUCGAACUGGACCGUCUCUCGACUGAGUUGUUUGCCGCAUGCACCGUGUCUUUCCUUCUCGGCGAUGAUGGUCCGGCGCCUUUUGCUUGGCGACAAGUUUUCCAGGCAGCCCGUAGAGGAUCGUCUCCCUUACCCGUCUGCGGAGGAGGCAUCUACUAUCGACAGCACUGGCACCUCAGCUCCUGCCCCCCGGCGGACACCCUUAUCAAGACACCCUUCCCUGGAAACGAGUCGGCGACUCCUUUUCCCGCAGUCUUUACCGGACGACGUCCAGGAGCCACUGACGCUAGCCUUCGGCGCUCUUCGGUUCUCCUCUAACGAAGGGAGUGCGUCGCGGCGCGGCGUCUCUCCCCUCUCUGCUCCAGAGCAAGCUGCGCUGUCUCAGCGGUGGGCGUCUCAGCAGGGGGGCAGCCGAAGCGACGAGCCACCUUUGCUGUGUUCUCGAAGCGCUCCUGCCGAACGCUCUGCGGGUCAGCCGAGAGGGAGGACGACGCGGUCUUCCCUCACCUUCCUUGAAUGUCACCGAGAGCGUCGACAAGAGCACCCGUUCAAAGAAUCCUGUCUUUUUGACGGCCCGUGGCUCUCAGGCGGGGCGCAUCGCCUCGGGCGGUCGGUGGAGGGAAGCGUCGCAGACAGCUGUGCAGACACCGCAGAAGCUCUCCUCGAAAGCGGAGGCAGCGACAGCGGAGGUAGCGACAGCGUGCGCGCGAAAAACGAGGACAUGCCGUUCCCCACUCCCAUGAAGAGACUGCGGGGUGCGCCGCCUCGGGAAUCUUCCUGCAGCGUUGCCCCCCAAGCAGUCAUGCAAGCAGAAAGCCGGAGGAGAACGCGAGCUCCCCGUCAGAGAGGGUCCGAGGCUGAGAACGAAGCUGGGGACUCUCCGCCUUCGACCUUGCCGGUGGCACCAGGAGCGAAGCCCCGUCGCAUCGGCGGCUUCAUCGGAUUCCUCCUGUCUCUCUUCACUCCGCGUGCUCCCGACCCCGCUUGCGCCCUUCCUCCCCAAGCGAACGAUGGUGACGCGUCCAUUUCAUCGCUUCGCUACGAACUGUCUCCGUCUGCUGCAUGCGCCUCCGACUCCUGCUCGCUCCCGACCUGUCCGUGCUCCUCUCUCGCCGGGGGCGCCUGCACGCACACAUUCCCAGCCCCUAGCCCGCAUGCAGGCGGCGUCUUCGUUCCCACCUCCGCUUCCCUCGAAGGCGCCCCUCCAGGCCCUCCGUUCGCGAGCGGCCGUCUCGCUCCUCUUCCCCCUCCGGAAUCCACGGCAUGGCCGCCACGUUGCCGGCGCGGCGUCGACCCGCGCGAUUGCGUGCAUGCGCCGGGCGCCUCCCAGCCGUUCGCGCUCUCUCCAGCGCUGUCUGCAGGCGUCACUGUCUACACACGGACGGCACACUUCGCCGACGCUGCUCAGCGCGUGCUGCGCCUGCUCUGGAGCUGCUGCUGCGUCGGCGUCCUUCUCUGGCUGCUUCUCCACCUCUCCUUUUCGCUCUACCGGGACAUUCAGCAGGGCGAGGAGCAGCGACAGCUCCGCACGGCGGCUGAGGCGGCUCACUGUCGCCAGCACCACCGCGAGAACGGAUGCGACACGCUCGACCCGCUGCCGCCGUACCUCCACCAGCCCUGCAGCGAGUGGAAGACCUGCCUGAUGCGCGAGCCGGGAAGCCACGGCGAAAGAACCAAAGUCAUGGCGGCGGUCGUCGGAGACGUCCUCAACGCGUUCUUCCAGCGUCUCGAGUGGCGAACGAUCGCAUGCCUAGCUCUGCUGCUGCUGGCUGUGAUUUACGCCACGAGCUGGAUUUCUCAGCCCAUUGCGCCGCCCCUGAUUCCCCCGCGACUCCGCGAAGAGCCGCGGCCGACAGCCUCCUCCCUGGCGCCGUUCGGGGGAGAGACACCCCAGCCGCUUCCAGCGUUGCCCGAGACUCACGCCUUCGGAGUGUCUCCGUGGAAAGCACGUGAAGAGGCGCACGCAAAGGUGCAUGCAGAGAGACACGGGUCUCACUUGUUUGGAGACAGCUCCGCGAACGUGGAAGCCGAGAGGAGACGCGCCGACACGCGACUGUGGGGCAGACGGCGGGAGUCUCCGGGCCACCACGACAAGGUGCUCUGACCUCUUAGGGAAGAGGCGGAGAGAAUGAGGGGAGAAAGCAUUUUCUACGAGCAGUCGCACUGAGAUUUGAAUCGUGAACGGGAAGCGACUUGCUUCCAGGUCCGCAUUCAGCGUUUUCCGGUUAUUUUCUCUUGUCUUUGGGCCCCCGUUCUCCAGGGUUCCCCUUUCUUUUGAUCCAGUUCUUUUUCUGUUUGCUGUUUCACUUUUUCUUGGCCUCGCUCUUGCGCAGCGCGAGCGAGUCAGGCUUGUUUUGAGGAGACCCCAGGUGUUUUUCGCGCGCGUAGAAGAGAGGAACGACAGUCCCGGAGAAGCGACUCCGCGCACGGACUUUUCAGGCAGGUGACCCCCCCGUCGGGGCCUGCCGUGUUGUCGAGGGGGCUUUAGAUUCUUGUUUUCAUGAGAUGCGACAAUGGCAAGAAAAACCGCAACUGCAUGCACCCCGGUAGCUCUGUUUUCGCGAGCUCUCGAAGGCGAGCACGAUGGGUUUAGGACCCGUGAGAGGCAGAAAGAAAAGAGAACAGAGAAACAGAGAGAGAGAGAGAAGAGAGGGAACGUGGCACAAGAGACGAGAAACAGAGGGAAAGGAAUCGGCGACUUGAGCAGCGAGUCUCCAGAAUACUGAGGCAACCAGAGGGUCGAAGAGGUCGAUUCGGAUGCCUGUCCUUUAAAGCGCUGAAACAUCCAACCAGUUCAGACGCGUGUUUUUGACUGUCUCUACCAAUGUGGAAGGGCCUCGCCUCUCUUCAACUGUCACGGGGGGUGUUUGUGUGCAUGUACAGCCGGAUGAAAGCGACGACCUUUCUCCAAUGACGACUGCGAUGGGGAGUGGGAGAGACGCGAGCACGGAGAAAACAGAGAGAUAAGAUGAAGGUUCUGAUUUUUAGCGCGGUAUCUCUCGGGGCUCGCGUGACCAGCGUUUUUAUGAAGGUCACUUCGGUUCGCUAGGGAAACAGGGGCAGCGAACAUGUCUCCAAACUGCAUAGACAGUUGAAGCUAAAUUAAAAACGUUCAAUAAUAUACUUCAAAACUGAUGUCACAUAUGAUCUGUUUAUAUCUUGACAGUAUAAAUUUGUAUGU